UCUCAAAGUGCUGGGAUUACAGGUGUGAGCCACCACACCCGGCCUCUAAGGCUCUUUUGAUUGCUUUUUGAAUUUUGGUUAUGUUUGGGAUCAAAGAAGGAUGCUUGUUCUUAUUUCUGGGCAAAUGGAAGACCUUUUACCUUCUUUAAAUCUGAUCAGAAAAAAAAAAAAAAAAAAAAACUUUUUGCAAGGUUGGAGAGUCAUUAAGUGGGGUGGGAAGGUGAGGCGGGUCUUUUGGGUUCUCUUCCCACAAAGUAGGCCGGUAGCCUUGAGUAUGAGAUGGGAAACCCAUGGCUCCGUCUCUGGGGGGAGAGUUUCUUCUCCUCCAACCCAAGCCCUGAGUCUGGACGCCCGAGCUUUUAUUCCUGACUCCAGUGGCAACUCUCUCUAAAGUCAUCUCCCACCUCCGGGCCAGGCUGUUGGACAUGCAGCUCUUCCCCUGCCGCCGCCACAGAGUUUGCAGAGUAAGCCCGGCGCUGCAGAGGUGACCAGUGCCGUGCAGAUGUGAGGACUUGCGUGGACUCGACUUUGUCAGUGCCGUGAUUGCGUUCCCCCCGGAGCUGACCAUGUGAGCAGGUGUUAGAGCUGUCUCUGGAGAACUGAGUGUUAGAACCUGUGCGCCUGCCUGUCAGGGUGGUUAUGGGCAUUUAGUCAGGAGGGUGGAUGGUUCUCGGAACCCAGGGGGGCAGAGGCAUUCGGAACUGCCUGGCAUUCUCACUUCCACUGGUUUCUUUACCAGCACCCACUUGCAUUUUGUUUAGCAAACCCGGAACUCAGGAAGCUUGCCGCCUGGGUGCCCGUCAGCGGCGGCAUGGUCCACCCAAGGGUGGGCCAGGGCAGAGGGCCUGCAUGCCACAGGGAGAACAGAAAGGGAGCAGAGGCAUUUCGUAGAGUGAGUUUUCCAACCCCUCUUAGGAUCCUUCCUCCAUUCUAAAGCAAAGGACAUAAAUACUAAACUGUGGUUCUUGCCAGUGCUGAUAAGGAAAACCAGUGAAUGCAGGAGUCUCAUUAAGAAAAUCCUAAAAUUUUAGUCUUAUCACUGCUGCAACAUAAUACAGUAAGUAUGUUAAUUCUCACCUCCCUCGGCUUCCCCCACCCAAAAUCCCUUUCAGCUAAGGCUGGCAGGAAUGAACUGCGCUCUGGCCACAGACUGAAGUCACGUCUGUUUGGAUUUUUUCCCUCACCUUGGCUUCGUGUAGUGAGUCUCCUAUUUGGGUGGACAUGGCUUUUACCCCCUCACACUUCCAGCUGCCUUUGCCAUUAUUCAGUUCAACAAACAUUGAGGAAAUACCUACUGUGUGCAGGCCACAGUCAUAGGAGCUGGGAAAUGUCAGAGUCAGCUGAGUUCAUCUCUUUGUAAGAGCCAAUAAGCCGACGAGGGAGCAAUGAUUUAUAGGCCAAGCCUGCCAGCCGGCCUUGUCCCCAGCAAAGACUCAUUUCAACAAGCUUCUCUUCCAAGUGAUUAUUUGCUGUUUGUACUGCUUGGACUUGGCACGCUUCUACAAUUCCUUUUACCAAAGAGGAAAGAGGAACCUUGAAGUCCGGGCUCUGUUUCCCUGUGAGAAGCCGCCUCGGCCCACCGAGAUGUCCCGGCACCAUAGCCGCUUCGAAAGAGAUUACCGGGUGGGCUGGGACCGCCGCGAGUGGAGCGUCAACGGGACGCAUGGGACCACCAGCAUCUGCAGCGUCACCUCGGGGGCCGGUGGCGGCACAGCCAGCAGCCUCAGUGCCCGGCCUGGCCUCCUGCCGCUGCCCGUGGUGCCCUCCCGGCUGCCCACCCCCGCUACAGCUCCUGCUCCCUGCACCACCGGCAGCAGCGAGGCCAUCACCAGCCUCGUGGCCAGCUCUGCCUCUGUGGUCACCACCAAGGCUCCUGGCAUCUCCAAGGCAGACAGUCAGUCCCAGGGACUGGCGACCAGCAUCCGGUGGGGGCAGACGCCUAUCAAUCAGUCCACACCCUGGGACACUGAUGAGCCACCCUCCAAACAGAUGAGGGAGACUGACAAUCCAGGCACAGGGCCAUGGGUGACCACGGUGGCCGCCGGGAACCAGCCCACCCUGAUCGCACACUCCUAUGGAGUGGCCCAGCCUCCCACCUUCAGCCCGGCUGUGAACGUCCAGGCCCCGGUCAUUGGGGUGACCCCCUCACUGCCUCCCCACGUGGGGCCCCAACUCCCGCUGAUGCCAGGCCACUACUCGCUCCCUCAGCCGCCCUCUCAGCCACUGAGCAGCGUGGUGGUGAACAUGCCCGCCCAGGCCCUGUAUGCCAGCCCUCAGCCCCUGGCCGUGUCCACACUGCCCGGUGUGGGGCAGGUGGCCCGCCCAGGACCCACCGCUGUGGGCAACGGCCACAUGGCAGGGCCCCUGCUGCCUCCACCGCCGCCAGCCCAGCCGUCCGCCACUCUCCCCAGUGGUGCCCCUGCCACCAAUGGGCCCCCCACAACUGACUCGGCCCACGGGCUGCAGAUGCUGCGGACCAUUGGCGUGGGGAAGUAUGAGUUCACCGACCCAGGGCACCCCAGAGAAAUGUUGAAGGAAUUGAACCAGCAACGCAGAGCGAAAGCGUUUACAGACCUGAAAAUUGUUGUUGAAGGCAGAGAGUUUGAAGUCCACCAAAAUGUUCUAGCUUCCUGCAGCUUGUAUUUCAAGGACCUGAUUCAAAGGUCCGUGCAAGACAGCGGCCAGGGCGGCCGGGAGAAGUUGGAGCUCGUCCUGUCGAACCUGCAAGCAGACGUCCUGGAGUUGCUGCUGGAGUUUGUCUACACGGGCUCCCUGGUCAUCGACUCGGCCAACGCCAAGACACUGCUGGAGGCGGCCAGCAAGUUCCAGUUCCACACCUUCUGCAAAGUCUGUGUGUCCUUUCUCGAGAAGCAGCUGACGGCCAGCAACUGCCUGGGUGUGCUGGCCAUGGCCGAGGCCAUGCAGUGCAGCGAGCUCUACCACAUGGCCAAGGCCUUCGCACUGCAGAUCUUCCCCGAAGUGGCCGCCCAGGAGGAGAUCCUCAGCAUCUCCAAGGAUGACUUCAUCGCCUACGUCUCUAACGACAGCCUCAACACCAAGGCCGAGGAGCUGGUGUAUGAGACGGUCAUCAAGUGGAUCAAGAAGGACCCCGCGACACGCACACAGUAUGCAGCCGAGCUUCUGGCCGUGGUCCGCCUCCCCUUCAUCCACCCCAGCUAUCUGCUCAAUGUGGUUGACAAUGAAGAGCUGAUCAAGUCAUCAGAAGCCUGCCGGGACCUGGUGAACGAGGCCAAACGCUACCAUAUGCUGCCCCACGCCCGCCAGGAGAUGCAGACGCCCAGAACCCGGCCACGCCUCUCCGCAGGUGUGGCUGAGGUCAUCGUCCUGGUUGGGGGCCGUCAGAUGGUGGGGAUGACCCAGCGCUCGCUGGUGGCUGUCACCUGCUGGAACCCGCAGAACAACAAGUGGUACCCCUUAGCCUCGCUGCCCUUCUACGACCGCGAGUUCUUCAGUGUAGUGAGUGCCGGGGACAACAUCUACCUCUCAGGUGGGAUGGAAUCAGGGGUGACGCUGGCUGAUGUCUGGUGCUACAUGUCCCUGCUUGAUAACUGGAACCUCGUCUCCAGAAUGACAGUCCCCCGCUGUCGGCACAAUAGCCUCGUCUACGAUGGGAAGAUUUACACCCUCGGGGGACUUGGCGUGGCGGGCAACGUGGACCACGUGGAGAGGUAUGACACCAUCACAAACCAAUGGGAGGCCGUGGCCCCUCUGCCCAAGGCAGUGCACUCUGCUGCAGCCACAGUGUGUGGUGGCAAGAUCUACGUGUUUGGUGGGGUGAAUGAGGCAGGCCGAGCUGCCGGUGUCCUCCAGUCUUAUGUUCCUCAGACCAACACGUGGAGCUUCAUCGAGUCCCCAAUGAUUGACAACAAGUAUGCCCCCGCUGUCACACUCAAUGGCUUCGUUUUCAUCCUGGGCGGGGCUUAUGCCAGAGCCACCACCAUCUACGACCCUGAGAAAGGAAACAUUAAGGCGGGCCCAAACAUGAACCACUCUCGCCAGUUCUGCAGUGCCGUGGUGCUUGAUGGCAAGAUUUAUGCAACUGGAGGCAUUGUCAGCAGUGAGGGGCCCGCACUGGGCAACAUGGAGGCCUAUGAGCCCACAACCAACACAUGGACCCUCCUCCCCCACAUGCCCUGCCCUGUCUUCAGACACGGCUGCGUCGUGAUAAAGAAAUAUAUUCAAAGCGGCUGACAUCAGCAGAAAGCCCAUGAUAAGACUGUGGACAAGUCUGGUGAGGCAAGUGCCACGCAAUGAUAAUUUUCCAGCGACACCAACAAGAGGCCAACAAAACACAAUCAAGGAACUCACUGCGCUCAACAUGUUGAAUAUUCUCUACAUUGAAUGUAGAAAAUCAUCCUCACCUUUGGGUGAAACGGAGGCACCAUGCAUGGAGCCGCAGGAACCACAAUCCCACUGUGGGGCUGGCUGCCUCCUGACCAGGCGCCCGCCCUGAACAGGGGCACCCGCUCUGCCAGGUGCAAUAGAGUUUCACAUAUUUUUCAACUGGGAGAGAGAAGCCGUCUUUUCCUUCCUGCAGAGCAAGCUUGAUCCCUAAACAACCAUAGAUCAGUUAUCUUAUGACGACAUUAGGCAUCAGGCUCUCUUGGAAUAAGAUCAAAGUGUCCUUAUCACUUUGAUUCCUACUUUUGUUUUUUAACCAAUCUACACUUUCAGUGGCCGACAGAAAACAAGGGACAAUACUGUGCAUCACAAGGCCUAGGAGGCUGCUGGUCCCCACUGGGGCCGAAGAGAAGCCCAGCUGCCCACGCUGAGCCAGGGGUGGCAGCCGUGGGAGAGCCGGGGAGCGAGGACAGCGGUCUGUCCUUCACAGGUUUUUCUACUGUGUUUUUGCUGGAGAAGGACAAAGUGAUUGCGCUAGCUUUCUCUUACCCAGUAUGAAUUAUUUAGAUUUCUGAGGCAUUUUCUUGAUAAACAAAAGGCUAUUUUUAAGUACUGAGAGGAGAAGCAGGCCACAAGAGGGAUAAUGUUGUGGGAAUUCCCAAAGCUCUUUGUAGGUAGUGCCAGAGGGGGGCUUUUGCUCUCAUUUUUCUAUGUGCAGAAUAGAGGAUCUCUCCUGGGGUGGGCAAUGCCCCCAUUUUAUUUUUAGAAAAAGUAACUCCCAGACAGCCCCAUAAAAGCUGUGCCCAAGGAAGAAGAGUCUGCUCUAGAAGGAGCCCGGUUCUGGCUCAGGACACCGGCCCAGCUCCCUCCAUGAGGUCAAGCUGAGGACCCAGGCCAGUGGGAAGGGAAGGAGGGAGAAUAAGCAUCUAUAAAGCACAGGAGACUAUUUUUGAUAUUCAUAGCUAUAUAUUAAGGCACCUGCCGCAAGAGCUCUCAGGAUGGGGACAGCCUUCUUAGUAGAGCCAUGGCAGCAAGGCCUGAGGGCAUGAGCAGAACCACUCUUCUUGUCACAUAUGAACCUGAGAAAAGGGAAGCCAGGAGGGAGGUCACACCGUGGCUCAAAAGGGAAAGGCCUUCCCGCUAGUCCUUAGCCCCUCAAACCUCACACGGUCAACAGUUUCCAUUCCAGGGCAGGAAGAAUGCUGCCGCCACCACCGCCACCACUGCGCUGUUGAGUUGAAGUUGGUACCAAAUACACAUUUACCACUUUUAUAUCUGGGAAGUCAACUUGCCAUCGUUUCAUGAUAACAACCAUUUAUAAGAGAAAAAGACAGGACAUGCUUUCCAUCUUUUAGUAUUUGAUGACACAAAAUUCCAGUUCUAAUGCUGGGCAUCAACUUCUAGCACUACGAGUGUGGCUCCCACUUGGACAAGAUACCGAGCUUCGUUAUGCAGUUUUUAAUAUUAUUUAUUAUUUUAAAAAGUAAUAAGCACAAAACUACAUACAUUGUAUGUCAUUUAAAGUAUUUAUGUCAAACAGGGUGCAAGUGUGAACCCAAGGACUGGAGCACAAAUUCCUAACUGCCUGGGGCAGGGCUAAUGUUAGCAUUGGUGUGCGUCUGCCUCCAAAGGAGGUUCUAGUGGUCAGCGAGACUCAACACAGAUGACAUUGAAAUUCCGUUUCUCUCCUCAUCUAUCACACUGGAGCAAAACUGGCUAUUUCUGUGAAUGAUAUAAAACAGGGUUCUCUGUAAUGGUAUUGUACAUAGUAUAUGUUUAUUGUUAAGUUCUUGUUAUAUUAUAAUAAAUAUAUUUAUAGAUCUAGA